AUGCGAGCUAAUCAUAAUGUUGAGGUGCAGAUGAUGUCUGCGGUAAGCGGUGAGCCGAUCCUCCGUCGAGUUAAACAAGAGGCUGAGCCCCCACCGCACUUUUCCCCACCAGAACAACAGCCAAGACAGAUGCCCCUGAUGCAGGCUUGCGAUUUGGAUCUGGAGCCAAAGGAGGAGUUCAAAUACUGCGUCUCGCCAGGGACGGGGAGCCUAGUCGGUAACACCAGCCCUGAUCAGCAGCACUGCUCGUCCACGACUGCAGCGGCCGCCAGCGGGGCUCGUGAUGAUGAUGCCCCGCGUAGGGUGUGCCUGGUCUGCGGAGACGUGGCUUCGGGAUUCCAUUACGGCGUUGCCAGCUGUGAGGCGUGCAAGGCGUUCUUCAAGAGGACUAUACAGGGCAACAUAGAGUACACUUGUCCCGCUGCAAAUGAGUGUGAGAUAAAUAAGCGGAGGCGGAAGGCGUGCCAAGCGUGCAGAUUCCGCAAGUGUCUGCGCACGGGCAUGCUGCGCGAAGGCGUCAGGUUAGACCGUGUAAGAGGAGGCAGACAGAAAUAUCGUCGGACGGCGGACCCACCAGCUCCUAACCAGCCGAGACCACAACUCGAUGAUAUUAAGGUUCUUGAAGCACUAAUCUCGUACGAGCCAGAGAUGUUGUCGUGCGCAGCUUCACCGACAGUGGUGGCAGAUCCCGCUGCGCGUACACUGGCUUUGCUAGCAGUUCUGUAUGACAGGGAACUAGUUGGGGUCAUUGGGUGGGCUAAACAGAUACCUGGAUUCACAGAACUCACAUUAAAUGAUCAGAUGCGGUUAUUACAAAGCACAUGGGCAGAGAUGUUAAGCCUGAUGUUGGCGUAUAGGUCUAUGUCUGGAGGUGGUGCUCUGCGCCUGCGCUUCGCCACCGACCUCACUUUGGAUGAGCAGCAAGCUCGAGAUAUUGGCGCAUUGGAUCUUUUCCAACAGAUUGCGGGCGUAGUACGACGCCUUGAACGUGCGUCUGCGCAGCGUGAAGAGUGCUAUUUGUUAAAAGCGCUCGCUCUGGCCAACAGUGAGGCGAGAAUCGACGAGCACGCCGCACUCAGACGGUUCCGGGAUACAAUUUUGGCAGCGCUUAAUGACGCUGUAUCCGCUUUGAGGCCAUGCGAUGCAAAUGGAGCACUUCAACAAUUACUAUUAGUGUUGCCAGCGUUACGACUAGCAGACGUUGCGGUGCGCCGCUUCUGGACUGGGGUGCAUCGCGAUCGACGUGCGCCCAUGAACAAACUCUUCGUUGAAAUGCUUGAAGCGUGUCUGCGGUAA